AUGGCGAUCGCACGACCACGACUGCUCCGGAUCGUCGCCAUCGUCGUCGCUCUCGUCGCAACUGUCGCCGCUGCCGUCGCGCACGCUUCUGACGAAGGCCAGGCGUUCGACGCGCCUCUCCCAUCAGAUCAGCGCAGGGCGGCGCUGGAAAAGGCGGCGGGCGCGCAAAUCAGCGGAGCGCUCCCCGUUUUCGGCGGAGGAAGCUGGCUUCCGCGCCCGCGCGGUGGCGGAAAGGGCGGAAAAGACGGAAACGGCGGGAAAGGCGGGCGCAUCCGGGCGACGUGGGGGGUGCCUCUGCGGCUGCGCUCGGCAUGGGGGAGCGCAAAGUUCCGCGCAAAGGCGCGGGACGCGUUGGGACGGCUGACUGGCGCGCAGGGGGUGGCGGUGACGGCGCAGGGGCGCGCGGAGCGACUGAUGGUGGCGUGGGCGGGGCGGCGGGGGAGGGAGGGAUGGCGGAAAGGCAAGGACGUGUGGACGCAAGUGGCACGCGACUGCGUCUCUCAGUUGGCACUCGCCAAAGCCAGCAUGGAGGAAGCAGCGGUGAUCAUCAACACGGGCGAGGGUGACGUGGCAGAUGCGCGCGUCAGCCUAUCGAGUGCUGCCACGUUGGCGGGCGACUGUCUGGACUCCUUCCGCACCUUCGCUGCUGAUGGCGCCACCAGCGAGCCCGCCAGGGCCGUGCAGCAAGCAGCGGCGCAGUUGAGGGGCGAGCUCAUGGCGUUGCAGCAGCAGACGGCCGACAUGGCCGCCAUCGUCGCUGCCUCCUCGCCCCCCACGCUCGCCUCGCCUCCAUUCUCCCCGGCACCCACUGCCAGCCCCCCGGGUGACAGCAGCCGUGCUAAUGCCAGCCCGCCAAGCGAUGCCGGUGGUGGCGCUGAUGCUGCAAGCGGCGCCAGUGGCGAUGGUGACACUGACGAUGGUGGGGCCACUGAAAGUGGUGGUGCUGGCAAUGCUACUGACGGUGACAGUGGGGGUGACGGUGCUGGCGCGGGUAUCAGUGGCUUCACAGCUGCACGACUUGCCUCAGCUGCCACCACAGCAGCGCUGCGCUCACCCGUCAAGUCAAGAAAGCCCCCUGCCAGCAACGCCACCCGCCCCUCCGCCUCAGUUGCAGACGUCAACUCCACCGCCCCUGCUCCCCCAAGCCCUCCGCCCCCCCCCACUCCCGUGGCGCCCCUCCCCCCUUCGUCACCAUCGCCUCCCUCCUCUCCUUCCAACCCCUCCCCCCUCGACCCCCUCUCCUCCUCGCCCCCCUCCGCAACUCUCCCCUCCUCUUCUCCUCCUCCGUUUCCUCCUCCUUCCCCCCCUCCAUCUCCCCCUCCCUUCCCUCCUCCCUCUCCACCAUCGCCCUUCUCCUCUCUGCCUCCUUCCCCACCUCCCUUUCUGUCCCCCUCCUCGCCCUUCCCCUCCCCGCCCCCCUCUUCUCCCUGGCCCGCCCCUCCUCCCCAGCUACUCCUCCCCUCUCUGCCCCCCCCGCCCCCAUGCACCUCACCCGCCCCGUCCAUCCCCGCGUGCUGCACCUGCACCUGCGCCUGUGCUCCCGUCCUGCCUCCCGCCUCCCCUCUAGCUUCUCCCCCUCCUCUCUCCACGUUGCCUCCCCUCCCUCCUCCUCCGUCUCCUCUCCCCCCACCUCAGUCUCCUCCGCCUGUCAAUCUCCCUCCACCCUCUCCUCCUUCCCCUCCCCCUUCCCCUCCUUCCCCUCCCCCCUCCCCUCCUUCCCCUCCUUCCCCUCCCCUUUCCCCUCCUUCCACGCCCCCUUCUCCUCCUAACCCCCCUUCCUCCCCUCCCUCCCGCCCCCCCUCCCCUCCUUCCCCGCCCCCCUCUCCUCCCUCUCCCCCCCCUUCCCCUCCUCCUCGGCCCCCUUCCCCUCCCCCCCGUCCCCCAUCCCCUCCUCCACGCCCCCCUCCUCCUUCCCCUCCCCCACGCCCCCCUCCCCAACCUCCUCGCCCCCCGUCCCCUCCUCCCCCUCCCCCAUCCCCUCCACCCUCUCCUCCAUCCCCCCCUCCGCGUCCCCCACCUCCCCCAUCCCCUCCACCCUCUCCUCCGUCCCCCCCUCCGCGUCCUCCCCUUCCCCCUUCCCCACCCCCCUCUCCUCCGCCCACACCGCCCUCCCCGCCCCCAUCCCCGCCCCCCCUGCCCCCCGCACCCCCCUCGCCCCCGUCACUGGCGUACCCCAUGCCGCUGCGCUACGCGCUGCCACCGCCCAACGCCAUCGUGGCCCGGGAUGGCUCGGGCACCUUCACCUCCAUCCAGGCGGCAGUGGACGCAGCGCCGUCCACGCCCAGGGGGCGCUUCAUAGUGUUUGUGGCGCCGGGCGUGUACCGCGAGACGGUGCGCGUCACGCGCAGGAACGUGACGCUGGUGGGGGCGACACCCGAGGCAACGGUGAUCACGGGCAGUGCCAGCGUGGUGGGCGGCUCCACCACCUUCAACAGCGCCACUGUCGCCAUCACGGGGGCGGGCUUCCUGGCGGUGGGGGUGCGGUUUGAGAACACGGCCGGCCCGGAGAACCACCAGGCGGUGGCGCUGAGGGUCACGGCGGACAACUGCGCCUUCUUCGACUGCCACUUCAUCGGCUGGCAGGACACGCUGUACGCGCACAGUGGGCGGCAGUACUACCGCAACUGUGUGGUGAACGGGUCGGUGGACUUCAUAUUCGGCAACGGCGCCACCGUGCUCGACAACUGCACGCUGCAGCUCCGCCCACAGCCCAACGCCGUGGUAACCGCAUCGGGGCGUGCCAACUCCACGGAGCCCACGGGCAUCGUGAUCGUGAACUCACGUGUGGAGGGUGACGUGGCGCAGGCGCAGUUCCUGGGGCGGCCGUGGAGGCCGUUCGCACGUGUGCUGUACAGCAACACCGCCAUUGGCUCCUCUGUGAGUGAGAUGCCCUGCUGCCCUGCCACACUGCCAGCAUGCCCCGCCCGCACUGCGUGUGGUUUGGAUCUUGCGUUUGCAUGA